AUGUCGCAUUCUAUGGCCAAACUACCUGAGUCGGCCGAGGCUGAAAGCGCGUAUGAAGUGUCAUGGGAAGGCUGCGAUGAUGCCAGCAAUCCGCGCAACUGGAGCACCGCGAAGAAAUGGCGCAACGUGCUCCUGAUCAGCGUGCAGGCCACGCUCUCGCCCAUGGCCUCCGUCAUGCUGGCUGUGACCAGUAUCGCUAUCUCACGCGAAUUCCAUCUGACGGGCCCGUACACCCCCAGUCUGCCCACCGCGCUGUUUGUCCUGGGCUUCGGGCUAGGCCCGCUGUUUCUGGCACCCCUGUCCGAGCUGUACGGCCGGCGCAUUAUCUACCUCGCCUGCUUUGUCGCCUUUACGAUAUGCAACAUCCUCUGCGCGGUGGCGCCCAACAUGGCUGCUCUGGCCAUCUUUCGCCUGGCCUGUGGCAUGGCAGGAUCGGCGGGCCCCAGCAUCGGCGGCGGCACCAUUCGGGACAUGUUCACGCCGGAGACCCGUGGUCGCGCUCAGUCGGUAUACAGCUUUGGCCCGACGGGCGGGUCGGCUCUUGGGGGAAUCAUUGGCGGGUUCAUCCUGGCGGGCACCGGCAACUGGCGGUGGGUGGCGUGGGUGAUGGCCAUGGCGUCCGGCAUCACCUGCAUUGUAUCGGUCUUCUGCCUCCACGAGACAUUCCCGCCCUAUCUGUUGCGCAAGAAGGCAGCCCAGCUCCGGGCCUCGACGGGCAAUGACGCCUACCGCAGCUCACUCGACAGUCCGCUUGGCCAUCGACAGCUGCUGGCACGCACCCUGACGCGAGCAGCCCACAUGCUCGUCACCGCGCCUGCGUGCACCGCCAUGAGCCUCUAUAUGGCAUUAAUCUACGGAAUUUUGUACCUCCAUAUGGUCACCCUCCCGCUGCUGUACUCGUCUGAGCCCGCAUACGGCCUGCCCUCCUACCGCUGGCCUGCCGCCCUGACGGGGUUGUCGUAUCUGGGCGUGGGCGUCGGUUCGUUCGCCGGGGUCCUCGUCUGCGCUCUGGCGCUGAACCGCACCUACGUGAUGAUGAAGGCGCGCGAGGCCCGGAAGGGCCGACCAACCGCCAACACGGGUCCUGAGUAUCGCAUGCCGCUGAUGCAGGUGGGCGCCUGCAUUGUGCCGCUGGGCUUGUUUAUCUUCGCCUUCACCGCGCGGGUCGACGUGCACUGGAUCGUGCCGCUGGUCGGGGCCACCGUCUUCUCGUCCGGCAUGCUGAUCACGUACAUCUGCGUGACGACAUACCUGGUCGACUCCUUCGACCAGUACGCGGCCAGCGCGCUGGCCGGGAUGACUCUCACCCGCAGCGUCCUGGGCUGUGUGUUCAGCCUGAUUGGCUUUCGCCUGUACGAGUCGUUGGGCUACGAGUGGGGCACGCUGAUACUGGCCUUGCUCUGCGUCUUGAUGAUGCCGCUGCCGACCAUCUUCUAUUUUCUCGGCCCGCGGUUUCGCGGCCUGGGUGGAUAUGGGCUAGACCGGGAAUCGGUGUGA